AUGAAAGAAAAAGGAUGCACGUGGAUGCGUGCUGGAUGGGAGUGUCAUCAAAUGUUGUCAACCCCAGUCGAUCUUCGCUCUUCGCCAUUUCCUUACGAUCGUCUCCAUUGUCGGCGUCGCGUCACAUUACGUGUAAUACACGUUACUGGCUGUCACGUUGUUACGUUGCAGUUUCCGUAUGUUUAUCUCUGUUAUAUAUUAUCACUUGGAUCACAAAAGGUUUUUGUUAUUGUUGCUUCAGCCCUGAAAGGGCUUACGGUCAUCGCUGCCGGAUUCUCUCACUUAUUCCUGCUUUCGGUCUAA